GUAAAUAUAGGAGUCAGUCACAUUUGACGAAAUCCAUAAAAUCGACCGUUACAUAAUUUCAAAUCCUAAAGGACCGUUAAAAAGGAGGGCUCCUCUUUACUUUUCCCCCCCGCUCGCCACCUCCAUUCUCCCCUAAUCCCAAAGCAACUUUCGAUCUCCAAUGGCGAGCAACACUUCAAUAAUGGAAUCCAAGCCCUUACACCCACUUCACCAAAUCGCAGAAACCCCAACUCACAAGUUGCUUCUCAAACAAUGGCUGAAAGAAGAAGAACUCAUCCUCAACAGAAUCGCUACCAAAGAAACCCAAAUCGAUUCCGUCCGCAAUGAAAUCACCCAGCUUUACUGCAUUUUCUUCCUGUUCCAUUCGAUUUCGCUUAUGCUUUUAUUCAGUGCUUCCUCCAAAUGGGCUUCGAAAACCGGGCUUUGCCACCGUUCAUGGAUCCCGUCAAUCUGUUCUCUCCUCUGUUCUAUGGGUAUCAUUUGGGCUGUUAGGUACAAGACGGAUACGGAGAGUCACUUAGAGAAACUGUUGGAGAGAGAGAAAGAGGAUGGGAAAUUACUGGCUAAGUGUGUGGAGGAGUUGAAGAGAAAAGGGAUGGAAUUUGAUUUGUUGAAGGAAGUUGAUGCUCUUAGGAGGGCUAAGAGUUUGAGGGUUGAAGCUAAGGUGGUUCGAAAAUGGUCAGCUAGAGACUUUGUGUCUCUGUUUUUCUUCUCUGUUACGUGUCUGGUACUCGCUUUAACCAGGACCAUUUUGUGUGGUUGACACUUGCAAGGUUUGAAUUGCAGCAAAAUGGGCUGUAUCUUCUCUUUUAAUACUCUACAACUGGAAAGCCUCAAGCUUUUAGCUUCUGACUUCUGUAAUCAUUUAGUAAAAGGAAAUUAAUUGUGGGCAAGGGAAGUUGCAGAAUAUACUGUUCUGCUUUUUGUUAUUUGAGUUUUCUUUAUGUAUUUUUGCAGUUAAAAAUGAAUCUUAUUUGGCAAUGAAUUCUCAACAUUUUCAGCUU